UGUUGCACGACGGGCGCGACGGUGCCCUGAGGCCAGACGCGAGCUCUCCUCGACCACCACGCGCGAGAGCGGCGGCGUCGACCUCGAGUCCGGCGCGCCGACCCGGCGCGAACAUCCCCCGGCGAACACCACCAUGCGAGAGAACGGCGGCGACGACGUCGACGUCGAGUCCGGCACGCCGAGCCGGCGCGCCCGCCCGAAUCCCCUGGCGACGCUCGUCCAGGGCAACGCGACGCCGUCGAAGGUCGUGCGCGCGACGCGGAGGCUCGCGUCGACGACGGUCGAGAGAACGGCCGGCGCGCUCAACAAGGGCGUCGACCUCGUCGGCGACGCCGUCGUCGAGGGCGCGGUCGGCGCGACGGCGACGCUCGGCGGGAAGGAGCUCAUCUGGAAAUACCUCGACCUCAUCUUCGAGGACCUGGAUAAGAAGACGGUCAGCGUCUCGGACGCGGGCGUCACGAUCGCCGGCCCGAGCCGCGUCAAGCAGCGCACGCUCUGCGCGCUCCUGGGCGGGUCGAGCCCGCUGCGGCGCGUCGAGCUCGGCCCGCUCGAGGUCUCGGUGCCCCUGGACGAGAUCGCGACGGGCAAGGGCGACACGCCCGCGCGCCUCGCGCUGACGACGGCGUCCUGCGAGUGGCUGCCCUUCCCCGACCUGUUGCCCUACGACGAGGUCUACGAGGUGCUCUCGGCGCUCAUGGACCCGCACGCCGCGGAGCUGAACCUCGUCGACGAGGCCGACGCGUCGCGCGGCGCGCGGCGGCGCUUCGACCGCGACCGGCGGGAUCGGCGCGACGUCGUCGUCGAGGCCGAGCUCCGGGCCGCGCGGCCCCGGAGCGCCUACGUGCUCGACCGCCUCGAGGGCCGCGCGUUCGUCUUCCUGCUCAUGGGGUUCAUCGUCGUCUCUUUGACGUCGGAGCUCAUCUGGCGGCGCGCGCACAUCGACGAGCUCGCGCGCCUGACGAUCUCGGCCUUCUUCGUCGGCGAGAUCGCGGCGCGGUUGGCGCUCUACGGCGCGCUGAAGCCGCGGGGCGCGCGCCAGUUCUUCGAGGGGUGGCUGAACCGGAUCGACUUUUCGGCGACGGUCCUCGACGUCGUCAUCUGGUCGAUCAAUUUCGAGGAGCGGGCGACGGGCGCGUCGCAGUCCGCGCGCGGCGCGCGGCUCGUGCGGUUCCUGCGCGUGGGCCGCGCGAUCACGCGCGUCGGCCGCGUCGCGUCGGCGUCCGCGCGCGUCGCCAAGAACGUGCUCCUCAAAAAGCGCGAGGACGAGCUGCGGCGGCUCGACGGCGUGUUGCUGACGGCGGACGAGGUGACGAUCACGGCGCCGGCGCCGUCGGAGGCGCUCGUCGCGGACUGGUUCCGGUCGCUGAAGCGGAACCUCGACGGCGGCGCGCGGACGGCGGCGGCCGCGGCGGCCGGCGACGCGUCCGUCUACGUGAUCCGCGACCUCAGGCUGGCGAACGCGCGGGCCGACGGCGAGCCCGCGCGCGACCUCGCGGACUGCGGCGCCGUCGUCGACCGCGACGACGUCGGCGGCGCCGUCGCGAAGUGCCUCGUGACCCGCAAGACGCUGACCGCGGGCGCCGUCGCGCUCAUGGAGACCCGGGCGCCCUUCGCGGCGCUCGGCGACGCGGCCAUGGCCUUCCCCGUGGACGUCGACGUCGUCCUGCACCGGCGCACGGUCGACGGCGUCCUCGCGCGCGUCGAGCUCGACGUUCGCGCGACGCGGGCCUUCGUGAAGACGCUCGCCAGCGGCGCGGCGCUCCGCGUCGCCGUCUACGGGCCCGAGCACUCGGAGCGCGAGGCAUUCGCGGCGUCGUGGCUCGCCCGGUCCCUCGGCGGCGAAGCGCCGGCGGCGGGCGAGACGGCGGACGCGUGGCUGCGCCGCGCGCGGUCGCGGUCGUCCGCGGCGCUGCUCUGGGCCGUGCUCGGCGACUGGCUGCGGACCGAGGCCGCGGUCCGGUUCUUCGCGGAGCGCGACGACCGCCGCGCGGAGCAGCCCUCGACGCGUCGGAGUACGAGGCGCUCCGGGCCGUCGCGUUCGACGGCGGCCGGCCGUCCGCGGCCAAGUUCGCCGCGGUCUGCGCGCGGGGCGACGCGUGGGUCCCGGCGGCCGCCGCGACGGCCGCGCCGCCGCGGCGGAGCGCGUUCCUCUCGACCUUCCUCGCGGGGAAGCUCCGGGCGACGAUCGCGCCGUCGGUCGACGCGGCGCUCCGAUGCCUCGCGAAAAACUGGGAACCGGGCCUCUGGGCCUUCCGCGGCGCCGACGGCCUCGUAAUCGAGCCCCUCGAGCUCGACGACGACGUCGUCUGCGCGCUCGUGGGCGGCGCGUCGUGCGUCCGGAACGCGAGGGUCUGUGUGCAAAUCAAAUCUUCAACCCGACUUCAAUGUGCGCGUAUUCGAAUGUUUUGACACGAGCACUUCCGCCGUGCUUCGAGAACUCACUGAGAGCAAUCGAUUCGUCCAAAAAUCAGCCGAAUCGACUUCGAU